AAAACUCGCUUAAGCGGAUAGGCAGAGGAGAUGAGACGAAUGAGAUAAUAAAGAUCAUAUGAUAAUAACAAUAAACAAUAUUUUAUCAAAACAAUCAAAACUGGAUCAAAAACUACAAAAUAAUCACGUAAAUGACAGUGACAACGGUUUUACAUAUUUAUCUAAGAAAACUGGAAGAGAUUUAUAUCAGAUAAUAGCUUAUAAACUAAUUAACUGAACAAUAACGCGUUUUUGUAAACGGUUUUGAAAUUACGCUCAACUUUCAGCUUCAACAUCGACGACCAAGAUCGGCGACUGUAAAAUGGAGAUAUACACAAAAAGAUUAAAGAGUUAUAAUAAAACUUAUCACAGGAAUGUUGCACAUUUAGAUGUCGAAGCUCUAUCAAAAGCUGGUUUCUACGCCAUGGAAUCAAAGUCAGAUAAAGUACAAUGCGCGUACUGCGAUUUGAAGCUAAGUGAUUGGAAAGAAGACGAUAACGCGUCAGGGUUACACCUAGAAUUCUCACCCCAAUGUCCUUACGCUAGAGUCGUAUGUGGAAUUGCACUUGAUGAAAGUAUUUGGGGAACAGAACACGGUGGGAAGAACAGAACAGAGUAUUACGAUGAUGAACCCACCCAAGCUGGACGUGUACCAAGGAGUAGACCCAUGAUUGAUGCUCGAAAAUCAACAUUCGUCAAGUGCGUCCGACCAUUAUCUGUUUCAGUACAUAAACUUGCUCUUGCUGGAUUUUACUAUGCACCCACUGAGGAUGCGUUUGAUAAUUGCGAAUGUGCUUGUUGCGAAAUAAAUCUAUCAGAAUGGCAAAAAGGAGAUGAUCCAACCGAAGAACAUAGAAAUAGGUCGCCAAAUUGUUCAUUCUUUCAUGCUAAAGUCGUAAAGGGGACUUGUCCUCACAAAAAGGUCCAAAAUACCCAGAAAGAUACCACAAAGAAAACAGCAACCCAAAAGAAAGGAAAGAGUAUAUCAAGGACCGCCUCUAUGACAACUGACAAUGGGGAAAAUGAAAUAGUAGUUCCAAAAAGAGUUACCCGCACGCGUUCACAAUCAAAACAACCUGAGGAGAUAGCACCACCAGUGAAAGAAGCAACAACACGGAGGAAAACAUCAAGAACAGUAUCACAGCAAAAGAAAGCACCUCCAAAAUCAUCAAAACUAGAAGACCUUGAAGAAAGUCCUAAAAAGUCUCUGCCACCUACACCAAAAGAAGAAAAUCCAACGAAUAAUCUAUCACCACUUCCAGAACUUAGUAAUAGCAAUGGUAUAAAAUCAUCCAGACAACUGCUUAAUCAAUUUAAUAAAUCUCCAAGUCGAUUGAAGGAAGUAACUAAUAGCGAUGAAAAUAGCGACAGGAGUCUAACAUUGGCCGAGUUCAUAAGGAAAUGUGUAACAGAUGAAUCAAACAAGAUGCGUCAAUUAGGUGAUAGUCAAAUACAAAAAUUUGAAUCAAAAGCAAAACUUGGUGAAGAUGAACUUCGGGCUAAACUUUCCCAAGCUAGACUCUGAACAUGUGUUGUUUUUAUAAUUUAUUAUUGAUACUAUAUAAUGUAAUUUUGAUAACAUUCGCGGGUAUACAAGAAGAAAAAGAGAAACAAGAGACGGCCAAAAUUCCUUGUGAAAGGAAUAUACUCUCACUCCAUGCUAUCCAAGAGGUUGUAUUGCUUAAUCAACGUACAUUCUCCGCCGUUUUCAAGGUCAAUUGAGUAGGAAUAGAAAAGUCCCUGUGAUGAUACUACCAUCAAUUGCGGGAGUGUUGAAGAUAAACCAACACGGGUUUCUAUACCUCUCUCAGGCAGUUUUGCGAAUGCAAAGUCUCGAGAUGGUUCCCACAUUUCUGUCACUAGUGUGUUGUGAGAGUGAGUAAUGCAAUUAAUAUAUACACACCUCCUCGUGGUAGAUGCUUAGAUAUAGAUCCAGCACCACUAGUCAAAGCUUUUCCAAAGCUUAGACCCUUCUGAGAUAUAGAUCUUUUAGCAUUAUUAGUGAUAGUCUUCUCAUCUAGUAAAACCUACAUUCCUAGCGAAGAUCUUCUCUUUCCAUCAACAAAAGCCUCAUAGCCACCUAACAUUCCGCUUUGGUUGGCCAAUCUAUCGCUGGUCUCUGAUGUAAUGUCCUCAUUGUUGUUCGAAGAUGUACCAUCGAAGCUCCUGCCAAUCUUGAAUAUAUGUAUAGUAUCAGUAGCUGAACUGACAGCCAACAACGUGGAAACUUGAUUAAAAGCGAUAGAAUAUACUCUCGCUGGGUAUGAACCACGUCUGAACUGAUAUAACUUAUCUGCACUUGGCAAACUGAAUACGCGUAUUACCGUUCCUUUAUCAGAAGCAGUAGCUAACAUGGAAGAUGUACUGUUGAGUGCCAAUGCGGCAACUGGAGAUUUGUGAGCUGAAAGUAAAUUAACAGCUUGCUGUGAUAAAGUAUCAAAGAUGAUGACAUCGCCUGUAUUCGAAUGUGAUUGAGCAUUUGGAAGUGGAGGUGGAGCUACAGAUGAUGCUGUGUGUGUUGAGGGUGAUUGUGAAGGAUAGACGAGAUAAGAGGGUUCAGAUGAUGACGACAGUGCGACGACCGCAUCUGGAUUUGGCGACGUUUCCGAGUUCCAGAGCAGCUUCAU